ACUUGAUUUCCAGUUUCUUGUGGAUUUGUGAGAGGCUCCAGGCUUUAGCAAAACCUGUCUAAAUCAUUUCAAAAACAUUUUUUUUUUAAAGGAAACCUGUUGCUGUAGCUGAGUAAUAUUUGGUUUCUAUGCCCAUGUGGGAGGAGAGUCCUGGCACUCUUAGCCAAGUGAAACGUAACUUAAAGCAUAGAUUUCCCGCCCCGGGUUGUUUAUCUGUCUUGCAAUGUUCACAGUUACUUCAAAGGAAGUUGCAGAAUUCUUACGGAUAGUUUCAGUUCACUUUGAUUUUGUUUAAACGUUUGCCCGUUUUAUGGAGUGAUCAAGUCUCCUGAGUGCCUUUGGUGCUGUGUGUCACCCAGGUAUAUAAGAAAGAUUUGAAAUCAAAGGCUAAUAGGGAGGUCUCUGGAAAUAAUCCUUGCCCUUACCUGUCAGAUCCAACUUAGUAAUGGUCUUGGUUUUAGAGCCCUGAAAGAUAUGGGGUUGUGUCUAAAUAAAAUAAGGCUUUGUGCUUUAAGGCAGUAGGUUUUCUUAGGUAUGAUAAAAAUAGAAAGGAAACCAGUUUCUGAGGUUGCAACCAGGAGGUUAGAGAACAGAGCGAGGGGGUGGUAAACUGAAGUGUGAAGAAGGGGGUGGACAGGUGAGUGAAACGUGGAAGGACAGAAUAGGGUCACAGAAGGGAUGGGGAGCAGAAGAAUUAAGAGAUAGACUUGGGAGAUGGGAAGAAUAUUUUUCCCUUAAGAAUAAAGAGAUCUUGAUAUUUUAGAUCACUACAAAGCAAAUGCCAAGAAAGGAAAGUGAUGGUAGAAUGGCAGAGAAGUACUAAGACUGUCUCAUGGAACUUCACUUUAGCACUUCAGUUUUAGGGGUUUUUUUCUCUGUUGCAAGUUCAUUAAAUAUCAACUUUCAUUAGUAUAAGGCUUUUAGGUUUAGAGUGUUUUCAUAAACAUCCCCUCAUUUGAUUCUCAUGAUAAUCUAUUUGAAGUUAACAGUGAGUAACAAUCCCCCAUUUUUCAGAUAGAAGUUCUCAUCUGUACUGAGAUUCAGAGACUUCAAGUGAAUUACGGAAGUCUGUGAAUUUUAGUCUAGUGCCUCUCUAUACAAAAUACUUCGUUAACCACAGAUUUGCAGAAUUUGCCUGAUAUUUCAAAUGUCCAUACAGCCACGUGCUCAAUCAAUUUAGUGUGACAAGAUGGUUGACAAUAUGCUGGGUUAAAUUACAAGAGAUUGUAGCAUACUGGAUAAUUUCCCAACAGGCAAGGACCAGGGCAAGUUUCCUAUCUGUUUAGCUCUCUUUUCCUACCAUUCCUAUGCUUCCCUUAAGACUGUCUCUUUAGAUGUCGGGAAGGUGAUGAUGAUGGGGUAAAAUAAUAACUAUAGCCACUACUUUUUUAGCUUUUACAUUGUGCCUGUAGCAUACUAAGUGCCUUAUGUUCAUGAACUCACUUAGUUCUUGCAACAUCCUUAUGAGGUAGGUACUGUGAUGGUCCUUAUUUUACAGGGGAGGAGAUUUGAAACUUCAGAGUGUAAUCAUUGUAUCUUUCCCUACUGACUUCUUAAUUUUAAAAUGUUUUUAUUAUUAAAUAUUUCAAGCAUAUAAAGUUACAGGAAGUAACAUAAUAAUGAAUACCGUUAUACCCACCACCCAGCUUUAUCUUAUGUUGCCAUUUUUGUUUUAGGUCUUAUUAGUGUUUUUUAAAGAAAUAAAGCAUUACAGAUAGAAUUGAAGCUAUUCAUGCCCCUUUACCAUUCCUCUUCCCUCCCCACCACCACAGGCAACUUCAUUCUAAAUUUGAUGUUUUAUUCCUGUGCAUGUUUUUAUAAUUUAAUGGCAAUAUGUAUGUAUCCAUACACAAUUUAUGUUAUAGUUUCUUUAACAAAUAAAUUGCAAGGGAAAAAAAGAUGGGGAGUCUAUAGAUUAAAAUACUCACAAGACAUAUCAGCCGAUUGCAAUGUAUGGACGAUAUUUGGAUAUUGAGUUUUUUAAUUUAAAAAAAUGACAUUUAUGAAAUAACUGGAAAUCUGAGCCAUAUAUUCUGUGAUAAGGAAUUCUUGUUAUUUACAGAUGAAAUGAUGUGAAGCCUGAGAUUUGCUUCAGAAUAAUAUGGUAAAGGGGGCAGUGGAUGGGGCAAGAUUAGCUGUGGGUUGAUAGUUGUUGGGGCUAGAUGGUGGGUAUGUGGUGAUUCAUUAUACUAUUAUGUUAUUUUUGUAUAUGUUUUAAAUUAUUAUAAAAAGUUUUUUUUUAAUGAGGAAAUAAGAUUGUGAAGAGAAUGAUUUGUGCAAGUUAAAAAUUAUGUACGUGGUAUUUUUUUUGCAUGAUUUGCUUCUAGACCUGUUGGAACCUUCAUUGAGAGAAGCUCAGAAGAGCCAUUUCUGUGCCUCUGGAUGUCAUAUGGCAUAGGAAUUGAUGCUUUCAGUGGUUGUGAAGAAAAUUGGUCCUGUUGCAUAGUAAAGUUUGCAAGAAGGUGGGAGUCAAUCAUUUUGACAAGUCUCCCGAAAGGAACAUCUAACAGGAGCUGAAACCUUUUCCAUUUGGUCUCGUGGCAAAGGCAGAGAUCACGCCAGCAGCUCCACACAGUAUGGAAGACAAUUCUUUAUCUUCUUAUAUGACGUGCUCACUAGUGCCCUCUAAACAAUCUUCUGGUACCUCUCUCUUGCCUAAAGACAAUGCCCCAUUUUCUUGGGGUUCCUUGGAUGAGGAUGGACUGGAUGACUCCCUGCUGGAGCUGUCUGAUGGAGAAGAUGAUGGCCAUUUCAGUUUCACGGAGGAAGAGAUUCAGGAGCUCUUAAAGGAUGAUGACCUAUCAAAUGAGCACUUGUCUUGGGGAGGAAAGUUGCUUAAAGAUGACAGCAGGAAUGUUGAGAAGGAAGGGAGGAAUGAAAUUCUACUUGAUGCUCCCCAAGAGGAAAAAUCAUUGUACAGCUUGGGACCAGUAGCUGAGACCCCUGGCCUCUUCAAACUACCUCAACUAAGUACAUCAGUUGGUCAUGGACCAACUCCUACAAAACCAUUGAAUAGACGCUUUGCACUAGAAAAUAAUCUUAUAAAAAUAACAAUUGUUGCACCAUUUGAUCCAACAGUUUGUGAUGCUGUACUUGAUAAGGACAAGACUGAUACAUCCAAAGACAUUGGAAAACCCUCCUCCCUUGGAGAAGAGUUGAGAGAAGAUGAGCUUAGCCCAAAUGAGAGCACACUUUGCACAGAAUCUGAAGGGAUCGGCCCCAGUAACUCUGUCUAUGAUAGGCCCCCACUCCCUUCUUCAAACAAUAACUUUCAACAAACUGUCUCCAAUAAAAAUAUGUCUGACAGUAAGAAACCUGCACUUCUCAGAUUCUCUCAAAUCUUGGACCAUUCAGAGACUUCUUCUAAUAUAGGGUCAUCAUGGAGAAAUGGAUCACAUAAAUCAAGUUGUGAAAUGAGGUUUCCAGUUGUUUCCAGUUCAUCAAACAAAAAGCAGGAUGUUCCUGACAAGGAUUCUGGGAAGCUGAAAGUCCGUGAGAAAAGACUAGGCAAAGUCAUUCCUGUUCUACAAGCCAAAACAAGGACUCAUGUUUCAACGUUUUCACCGUCAGAUCUAGAAGAGCAGAAGCAAAGUUAUCUCAGGAAUGUUAUCGCUCAUAUAGAAGACCCAGUGGAUUCUAACCAAGGUACCUUGGGGGAGCUGUGUGCCUUGAUGGAUCAGGUUCAUCACAUGCAUAACCAAAAAUGGCAGCAUCCUUCGGACCUCACCAGGCGGAACUACGCCCGGUUCCGACAGAAGUCUCUGCAAAGAUACAGUCUGACUCAGUGGGUUGACAGGAACAUGCGAAGCCACCACCGAUUCCAGUGUCUACAGGAUUUUCCAUAGUCCUUUUGCCUCCUCCCGUCAGCAGUGAAGGUCCCUAUCAAGGUUCCUGUUCAGAGCAGCAUCUUAUCUUCUACUGUUUCAUGCUCUGUAGAUUUUGAAUUUUAUUUUUCACAACAUUUUUAUUUAAAGAAUCUGUUACCUUUUGGAAAUACCCAUUGCUGACUUGAAGUUUUUUGUAUAAGGUCCUUUCUGUUUGUGUGUGUGCAUGCAUUUAGGCAAUGUUGAGUUGAUACAGUUUUAAUUUUUAAAUUUACAUUGAAGGUGGCUGCCUCCCUAAAAGCCAGCAUUGAGCCAAAACACCCAGGCUCAAGCAAAACACCCACCUCUGCAGAGAGGUGAAGUCUGCUUCUAGUGCCCAAAAAAAGUCAUCCUUUAAUCUCCUGUGAGGAAGGGAUUCUUUAUCAGGCUGCAAGCCAGUGUUAGUUAUUGCUGAUGACUUAUAAAAUGGAUACAAGUCACUUUAAACAAUCCCUCCUACUUUUCUAUUUGAAUCUCUAAGUAUCUGUCAGUGUUUUAAAGUUAGUAAUCCAGGACUUCUGAAGUAGUUGAAAAGACAAAUUAAAAGUAUAAACCUCUUUUGUGUACCUACUAGCUGCCUUUUUUUUUUUUUUAGCUUUUUUUCAUUCUUCAUUAAAUUUGUUUUGCACAAUAGUGUUUACAAAUCUGACACAUUUUAACUGACAGAAGACCGAUGACUAACAAAUAGCUUGUGCUGGUUUGUGGUCUUGUUACUAGUCGCCUUCUCUGCCUUUCUUUUUUCCUCAGUGACCUUUGGGCUCUACCGGCAUAUUCCUAUAUCCUGUUAGACACAGAUAUGCCUCUUAAGAACAGCAUCCCUGUGCUCUUUACUGAAGAGGUGCCCAACUGGAGUCUUGACUCUAUAAUAGGCCAGAAAGCCAGUGCUAUUGAGAGGUGACAGUUGGUCUUCAGUUUCAUCUGCUGAACCCCAGCUUCAAGUAUGAGUUGUUGUGUUAAUCAGUGAGCCUCCAUCCUAUGGGAGAGACUCUGGAGAGGCAGUCUUUUGUCUGUAUUAUUAGUUAACAGGAGGUGCCUUUUGAUCCUGGAUGCUACCAUUUCCUCACUUGGUCAAACCUCUGAUGUACAAUUUUACAAAACUACUAAAGUGGAUCUAAUAUAGUUUUGAUUAAGCCUGUGUACAAAGUAUUACCUGAUCUUAAGGAUUGGUAUUCUGACCCAAGUUGACAGGUUCUGUGCAGCCACCUUACUGGAUGUCCUAGGAGUUCGUUAUUCUCUUUACAGACAGCUCUAGACAUCUCUUGGGAGAUUUUGCAGUCGGCAUUUGUGCUGUUAUUGUUCACUCUCUGUCAAGGUGGUACCCAGCUGCUGUGGCACAGCCUGUGGUACUGAGCUCGCUGCCUCUGUCUGGUUUCGUUGUUCAGUCAGCUCCAUCUUUGUAUGCAAGUAACCCAUCUUAAACAUCCUACCCUGCUUCAGAAACUGACUUGGGAAAAGCUCGGUCAUAGUUUCCAGUAAAUUUAGAUGGAUGUAAACUAUUUCUAUCUGGUCAAGGAUUCUCUCUUCCUUGAACAUUUGUUUAGAGUCUGGGACCAAAAUGCAAAGGAGAAGUUCUGUUCAAAAGCAAGAGUCAGAAUCUAUUAUUUCAAUUGGUAUUUAUCAUAACACUUUUCCAGGUUUCCCUAAAUUAGCCUGAUGAAGUAAGACAAGCAAGCAUCUGUCUUUGGAACUAUAGCAUAGUUAGAAUUAAUUGUAGCUGGGUAACUAGCAUUGCGGUUAUCUUGUUCCCUACAGAUAACCAAGAAGUAAAGGGACAGCCUUUUACUUAGCCAAAAGACUAAGACUUGUGUUCCUGCCUUCCUAGUACAGGAGGGUUUAAGUCUGAUGUGUAAUGGGAGCAUCGCCUUUGCCAAAUCAAAUGAGUGACGGGUUAACUAGAAAAUGUGACAAUCACAUUUCCUCUUUGCUCAAAUAAUUCUGUUUUUCUAAAGCUUUAGCAGCUUAAUUAAAUCUGUUGGACUGGGGGAGGAGAGAACUGUUCCCUAGCGGUUAACAUGGUAUUCUUUAAGAAGAAAAAGCCAAAGAAAACUUAUUAUUAGGCAUGUUCGCCUUAAAGAUGGUAGUGGGUAGAAUCUGGAGUUUUAAUCUGUUUUUAAAGCUACAUACAUUUGGUGUUGGCCGCUAAGUCUCACGUAGAAUUCUUGCCAUGUUGUUUUAUUUUAGUAUUGGUUGUGUGCAUUUAACUGCCUGCCUAGCUUUUCUUCAUCCAUGAUGACAUUCUCACCACAGGGGUCUUAAAGCAGACGAGAAACUGGCUGUUUACAUAGUUGACUUGUAAGUAUAGAGCCUGAAAUAACCUAUAGUUUUGCAUCUAAGGCAGACCCCAAUUUACUUGAGUUGUUGUCAGGAUCAAUUAUGAAACUGAAGUUUGGUGCCUCCUCUUUAUCAUGUUUUUCCCCUUGAAGCAGUUGUGUUUAAUGUCAUUAAAAAGAAAUAAAAGUUCUUGUCAGUG